AAAACUCACACCCUCUCAACCCCCUGAAGGCCUCAGCAGCACACUGAAACCACUCACUCUCUUGUCACUCCCACUCUCCAUCUACCCCAUCCUUCCCUCUUCUUCUUUUAUCUCCAAAAUCCAACCCAACCCAAAUCAAACCAAAAAAAUAUGGAGCUUCUCCUGUUGCUCUUCCUCUUACUCCACCUCCAAAUCCACCCCAUCGCCUCCGGCCGAGUGUCGGAGUACAGAGCGCUGCUCUCAGUCAAGUCCGCCAUAACCGAUGACCCGCAGGCGGCGCUUGCCACGUGGAAUGCCUCCACCAGCCACUGCACGUGGGCGCACGUCACGUGCGACCCCUCCCACCGCCACGUGACAGCCCUGGACCUCUCCGGGUUCAAUCUCACCGGCUCGCUCUCCCCGGACCUCUCCCACCUGCGCUUCCUCACGAACCUCUCCGUUGCGGCCAACCAGUUCUCCGGGCCCAUUCCCGGCGAGCUCUCAUCCCUCUCCGCCCUCCGAUUCCUCAACCUUUCCAACAAUAUCUUCAACGGUACCUUCCCUUCCACGCUCGCGCUCCUCAAGAACCUCCAGGUCCUCGACCUCUACAACAAUAAUAUGAGCGGCGAGUUGCCCUUGACGGUGACCGAAAUGCCCAACCUCCGCCAUUUGCAUCUCGGCGGGAACUUCUUCUCGGGUCGGAUCCCGCCACAGUAUGGAAAAUGGGGGUUCCUCGAGUACUUGGCGGUUUCCGGCAACGAGCUCGAAGGCGCCAUACCGCCGGAGAUCGGGAACUUGACGAGGCUCCGGGAGCUGUACAUUGGAUACUACAACAACUACGAGGGUGGCAUCCCACCGGAGAUCGGAAACCUGUCGGAGCUGGUCCGGUUAGAUGCCGCCAACUGUGAGCUAACCGGCGAGAUACCGCGGGAGAUUGGGAAACUUAAGAAGCUUGAUACUCUGUUUCUGCAAGUGAAUGGUCUCACGGGGUCUUUGACGGUGGAGCUUGGGAGCUUGGUGAGCUUGAAAUCCAUGGACUUAUCCAAUAAUAUGCUCACCGGUGAGAUUCCGCCGUCGUUUGCAGAGCUGAAGAACUUGACGCUGCUGAACUUGUUCAGAAACAAGCUUCACGGCGCCAUUCCUGAUUUUAUAGGAGACUUGCCGGGCCUUGAGGUCUUGCAGCUGUGGGAGAACAACUUCACCGGAAGCAUUCCUCAGGAGCUUGGAAAGAAUGGCAAGCUUCAGCUUCUCGAUCUUUCAUCGAACAAGCUGACCGGAGCUCUGCCCCCCAAUAUGUGUUCGGGGAAUCGGCUUCAAACUCUGAUUACGCUGGGGAAUUUCUUGUUCGGUCCGAUCCCUGAGUUACUUGGUCAGUGCCAGUCGCUAAAUCGAAUCCGAAUGGGUCAGAACUUUCUCAACGGGUCGAUACCAAGAGGGCUUCUUGGGUUGCCGGAGCUCACCCAAGUGGAGCUGCAGGACAACAUUCUCACUGGGGGAUUUCCGGAGACCGAUACGAUCUCGGUGAGUCUCGGCCAGAUCACUCUCUCCAACAAUCAGCUUUCCGGGGCGUUACCGCCGAGUAUCGGAAACUUUUCUGGUGUUCAGAAGCUUAAUCUCGACGGAAACCGUUUCUCGGGUCCAAUCCCCCCUCAAAUCGGGAGGUUACAGCAGCUUUCGCAUGUAGAUUUCAGCCACAACAAACUCUCGGGCCCCAUUGCACCCGAAAUCAGCCAAUGCAAGCUUUUGACAUUCGUCGAUCUUAGCCGAAACGAGCUCGCCGGCGAGAUUCCGAACGAGAUCACUGCUAUGAGAAUCCUAAAUUACCUGAACCUCUCGAGAAACCAUCUAGUUGGAAGCAUUCCUGCUUCGAUAGCAUCUAUGCAAAGUUUGACCUCUGUCGAUUUUUCGUACAACAACCUCUCUGGUUUGGUUCCUGGCACUGGCCAAUUCAGCUACUUCAACUCGACGUCGUUUCAGGGCAAUCCCGAUCUCUGCGGACCUUAUUUGGGGCCUUGCAAGGCUGGGGUUGCUAAUGCCACUCGCCCAGCUCACCAGAAAGGCCGACUCUCGCCUUCUCUGAAGUUAUUGCUCGUGUCUGGACUGCUUGUUUUCUCGAUUGCGUUUGCCAUCGUGGCAAUCCUCAAAGCCCGCUCGUUGAAGAAGGCCAGCGAGGCUCGGGCUUGGAAGUUAACUGCGUUCCAACGGUUGGACUUCACCGCCGAUGAUGUCUUAGAUUGCUUGAAGGAGGACAACAUCAUAGGCAAAGGUGGUGCUGGGAUUGUUUACAAGGGAUCGAUGCCCAACGGUGAGCAUGUCGCCGUGAAAAGGCUACCGGCAAUGAGCAGAGGGUCUUCUCAUGACCAUGGGUUCAAUGCGGAGAUACAGACAUUGGGGAAGAUUAGGCACCGUCACAUUGUGAGAUUAUUGGGUUUCUGCUCUAACCACGAGACCAAUCUUUUGGUUUAUGAGUACAUGCCAAACGGGAGCUUGGGCGAGGUUCUUCAUGGCAAGAAAGGGGGCCAUUUGCACUGGGAUACGAGGUACAAGAUUGCUGUGGAAGCUGCAAAGGGCCUUUGCUAUCUCCACCACGAUUGCUCACCGUUGAUCGUCCACCGGGACGUGAAAUCGAACAACAUCCUACUUGACUCCGGUUUUGAAGCCCAUGUUGCCGAUUUCGGCCUUGCUAAGUUUCUGCAGGAUUCGGGCACUUCCGAGUGCAUGUCUGCAAUUGCUGGUUCCUAUGGAUACAUAGCACCAGAGUAUGCGUACACUCUGAAGGUCGAUGAGAAAAGUGAUGUGUACAGCUUCGGCGUGGUUCUCUUAGAACUGAUUACCGGGAGGAAGCCUGUCGGAGAAUUCGGCGAUGGAGUGGACAUAGUCCAAUGGGUUCGGAAAAUUACAGACUCAAACAAGGAAGGAGUCCUCAAAAUCCUGGACCCAAGGCUCCCCUCUGUUCCUCUUCACGAAGUGAUGCAUGUGUUCUACGUUGCAAUGCUGUGUGUUGAAGAACAGGCCGUGGAGCGCCCAACAAUGCGAGAAGUCGUUCAAAUUCUAACGGAGCUUCCAAAAUCCCCCUCCUCAAAACAGGGAGACACAACGUACAAUACAAUCACGGAUUCAUCCCCGUCGCCGGCCACUGCCGUUAACUCCUCCUCAACCACGACAACCAUAGACUCUAAAGAGAGCCACCAGCCACCACCUCAAUCACCACCACCUGAUCUUCUAAGCAUUUGAAGUGUUUCAUUAGUUUGUGGGAUAUGGGGGAGUGUUUGUUCUAAAAUUCCAUGGAUUGUAUUAGCUUUUCUUCAUUUUCAGCCUUAUUUUAUUUUAUUUGUCUUUUUUUUUGGGGGGGGGGUGGGUUUUGCUCUAACUUUAAGGUAUCAACUACAUGUUUCAAAGUUUUUGUGUACAGUAGGAUUGGGGGGAUGUACUUUUUCGUAUAAGCUUUGUCUCUAUCAUGUAGUAGCAGUAGCUGGUUUUGCCUGCUUCUUCCUCUGAAAUCUCUGUUAAUGGCACAGCUGUUACUGUUC